AUGAAUGACGCCUCGGCUGCACCAAUCCGCUCCACCACUUCGGCGUAUCAGAUUCAGGACGCUAUCCCUUCCAUCGGCGACAAUGAACCUUCACCGUCUGUCAAUGUCUCGGACCUAGCGCCGGUGCCGCAACCAUCGCCCACGCGUCUCGAAGCGUCCCUGUAUGACACACCCUGCGACGUCGAAGGAGUACUCCAAUUUCCAUACACGCAAAAGGGAACUGUUUUAUACCUCGCCUAUGGCUCCAACCUUUGCAAUGAAACCUUUCGCGGCAAGCGCAAAGUCGUACCCAUCUCCGAGAUCAACGUUCAGGUGCCGACGCUCCGUUUGACGUUCGAUCUGCCAGGCCUGCCUUAUCUCGAGCCCUGUUUCGCCAAUAGCGCCCUCCGCGAUCCCAGUAACGAUCCUUCUAGGGACUACCGCAAGAAUGCCUGGCGCAAAGGCCUCAUCGGCGUAGUCUACGAAGUCACCGCCGCCGACUACGCCAACAUCAUCGCGACGGAAGGCGGAGGCGCUUCAUACAAAGACAUCCUCGUCGAUUGCUAUCCCUUCGCCGACGACGACCCGCACGCCAGCGUCCCGAGCUCCCCCUCCACCGCUCCCUUCAAAGCCCACACCCUGUUCGCACCGGCCCGUCAGCCGGAAUCCCCUGCUUCUUCCGAUGAAGGAACCGGCGGACGCUUCCAGCGCCCUGACACAUCCUACGCGCAGCCCUCGGCGCGUUAUCUCAAACUCAUCUCCUCAGGCGCCACCGAACGCGGCCUCCCCUUCGAAUAUCGUGAAUAUCUCGACUCGAUUCGACCCUACCGCAUCACGACGACGCGACAGACCAUCGGGAAAGCGCUGUUCGCGGGCUUCUGGGGUCCGGUGAUUCUGGGGAUGUUUGCGCUUUCGAAGCUGGUUGCGGGGAAGAAUGGUCGGGCGCCGCCAUGGAUGGCGAGGUUGUUGACGGCGGUGUUUGGAUUCGUCUGGGUUGCUUAUGAUCGGUUCUAUCGACCCGUGUUUGGAGAUGGGGAGAGGACGAUCGGGGACGCCAGGGACGAUAUGGGGUUGUCGGAUGUUCGUCGUGGUAGUGAUGUCGUGGAGGUAGAGAGCAGAGGAGGAAACUAUGAUCCUGAGAAGAUGAGGGAUGAUGGUCCAACGAUGUAAACCAUUAUGUUCUUCUU